UUUAUUCUAGUUUCAUAACUUAGCUUUAAUAGCUUAUACCCUAAUUUACCCGUAUUACAAAGAAAUUAAAUUUCAAUCACUACGCUUUAAAGCUAAAAUAAGCUUAAAUAUAUAUAUUAAAUUCAUUUCAAUAUGACUUCUACAUCAAAUACAAAGUCUACUUCAGCUCCAAAAGAGCGCUUUGUAUUCGACUGCGACCAUCUUCUACAAUUUUGUGACAGAUUCAAUAGAACGCCUAUUGAAGAACAAUCUGAAUCUGUUCUUGAAGUAAAAUUAAAAGAUUUGGACGCAAGAUGGGUUAAAGUCGAAGCUUCUUACGAAGGAGUCAUGUUAGCUUCUGAUAACUCUAUAAAACCCGAAUUUAAAGAAGAAGCGAAAACUAAUUUUAAUGCGUGUGUAGACGCAUAUUACUUAUGCACAUCUCAAAUUCUUGAUUUAAUAAAAGCUACUAGACUAGAUAGUUCUAAUGUAGCAGGGUUCGAGGCAGCAGCCCGAUACUCAAUCCCAAACCAACCUCUCACAGGCAGUUACGAACAAUGGCCAUCGUUUCGUGACAUGUUCACGGCCGUAUAUAUAAAUCACUCAAAACUCUCUCCUGUCACAAAAUUAUACCACCUUCGAAAUAAAACACGAGGUGAAGCUGGUGACAUUGUAAAGAGAUAUCCCUUAUCUCAUGAAAAUUUUGAAUUAGCGUGGAAUGCUUUGAAAACCCGCUAUGAAAACAAACGUGUUCUGGUUGAUAACCAAAUAAAACUCCUUUUUAAUAUUCCGCCAGCAACCGCUGAAAACAGCGAAUCAAUUAGAAGAAUACAAUCUUCAGUUAAUGAUUCGCUAGCAACUCUAAGAACUCUCGGGGUAGAAGUUGAAAGCUGGGACCCUAUUUUAAUUCGCCUAAUUUCAACAAAAUUGCCAGAUUUUACUCUUUCGCUUUGGGAACAGUCUUUAACUUCCCCUCGAGAACUUCCCAAGUGGUCUCAAAUGUCACAAUUCCUUGUUGACAGAUAUGAAGCAGUAGAACGCAUUAAUAGCAUAAAAAUUUCAAAAAGUUGUUUUACUUUAACAAAUGCACAUGAAACCAAAAUACAAACUUAUACAUCUCAAGAAAAUCUCUAUGAACCCGAAUGUAAACUCUGUAACGAAAUUCACUCACUGAGAACAUGUCCCAAAUUUAGAACCUUUACGGUACAACAAAGAGUGGAUUACGUUUUUAAAAAUAAAAUUUGCAACAAUUGUUUGAGUUCAUCUCAUUUUAAACUAAAUUGCAAAAGUAAAAAAACUUGUCUCCAUUGUAAAAAAAAUCAUCAUACUUUGCUUCAUAUGAGACCAAAGUUACAAAAUCCCGCUCAAAUCCCAGAACACUCGCAAAAAAAUCAAGAGCCAAAAGAAAAUAAAAAUAUAACUCAUAAAACUUUGUCGAAUUCUGCCCAAACUGAACAAAUUAUAGCUCAAAAUGAUUUCCCAGCAUGCUCAAAUCAAAUUCAAGCUAAUUGUUCAAUGAAUAAUGAAAAUAUUCUGUUGCGUACUGCAUUAGUACAAAUUGAUCAUCAAGGUCAACUUUUUACUGUUAGGGCUCUAAUAGACCCUGGUUCUCAACGAACAUUUUUAACCGAAAAAGUGCGAAAUCGCCUUCAAUUACCUUAUCAAAAUUCUCAUUUUGAAAUUAUUGGUAUUGGCGGCCAAAAACAAAUAGCUAACAAAGAAUGUGAAUUCGUAUUAUAUGCAAAAAGAUACAAUUUAAGAAUUCCAGUUAAAGCUAUAGUAAUGCCCAAAGUCACUAAAUGGCUUCCAACAUAUUCUUUUGAAAUGCCUGACUCGCCUGAGCUUUCAGAAUUGGAUCUAGCGGAUCCAACUUUCAAUAAAUCUGCUCAAAUUGAUCUCAUUAUAGGAAAUGAUUAUGAACAAUUUCUUAAUUUAGAAGGUAUUAAAAAGAAUGUAUGUGGUCAAACUUCAGCUUAUCACACUGUUUUUGGUUGGGUUCUUAGUGGUCCCAUUAAAACCCAAACUAUUCAAACUUUUACCACUUCGGUCACACAAUGUGAAACUUCAGAUUUAAAUAAUACAUUGAAAAUGUUUUGGGAACAGGAAGAAAUUCCUACUUCUCAUCCAAACACCGUUGAACAUGAAAUUUGUGAAAAGUUUUAUACCCAAACUACAACUCGACAUGAGAAUGGUAGAUACGUCGUUCGACUACCAUUCAGAUCAGAAUUUCCCGACAAAGUUUCCCUUGGCUCAUCCCGAUAUAUUGCAUUAGCUCAAUACUCCAAAUGGAGAAAACACUCGCAAAAGAUCCAGAACUUGAAGCUCAAUAUAAAUCAGUUCUGAACGAUUAUAUAACUCUAGAUCACAUGGAAGAAACUUCUUCAAGUGAAAUUGUAUCCCAAGAUAAAUAUUAUUCUUUUUACUUACCGCACCACGCAGUUGUUCGCCCAGAACACAAAACGACCAAAUUAAGAGUCGUAUUUAACGCAUCAAGAAAAUCAAAAUCUAAAUUCUCGCUCAAUGAUGUGUUAUACACAGGUCCCACUCUACAAAAUGAUUUAAUUACGAUUAUCCUCAAUUGGAGAAAAUACCAAUAUGUAUUUAGUGGCGACAUACAAAAAAUGUAUCGCCAAAUACUUGUGCACCCUGCUGAUAGAUCUUUUCAAAGAAUUUUAUUU